CAUAAUCUGAGUUGGUAUGGUAUAUAAAGAAAACUUGAUUGGCAACAGCGGCAUUUGCAUAUAUUUUUCUGAUAUCGUCGAGUGAGCUGUAUUUAUAGGCGGUGUUAGAAGCCGGUUGAAUAUAUAAUUCGUUCUAAACUUUAAAAUUCGAAAAAUGGCAAAAUUCUACUAUUUUAAUUUGCGUGGUCUGGGAGAGUCAUGUCGACUUCUGCUGACAUACACCGGCGAGGAGUUUGAAGACCACCGCGUCGGGAUGGAGGAAUGGCCGGAGUUAAAACCAAAAACGACGUUCGGUCAACUGCCGAUCCUGGAGGUGGAUGGCAAGCAGUACGCGCAGAGCAUCGCCAUUAGCCGCUACCUCGGCCGUAAGCACGGCCUUGCUGGCGACACCCUCGAGGAAGACCUCAUCAUCGACCAGACUGUGGACUUCCUCAAUGACAUUAGAGCUAAGGCGGCCACUGUGCAUUAUGAAAAUGACGAAGCGGCGAAAGCUAAGAAGCACGAGGAUUUUGCCAAGAACGUCUACCCCGCAAUGCUGGACAAGCUUGAUGAAAUUAUAAAGCAGAACAAUGGUCAUCUGGCACUUGGCAAGCUGACGUGGGGUGACUUUGUGUUCGCGGGCAUCUUCUUGUACCUGAAGACGAUGCUGCAGAUGCCGGACCUGGAGGAGAAGUAUCCGAGCUUCAAGAAGCUGUACGAUACCGUCUUCUCUUUCCCCAAGGUCCAGGAGUACGUCUCCAAGUUGCCUAAGCCCGUAUACAACUUCUAACAUGUUAAUUAUAUGUACCAGUGUUUUAUUUCUUUUUUUUGAAAAGUAAAAAAAUAUAUUUUCAAUAUAAUGUAUUAUUAAAGUAAGAUGAUCAGGUUUUCGUAAAGGUAUGAACCGUUGUGAGCGCGCCUUAGUUUUUGCGACUCGUUGCGCCUUACUUUUCUAGACAGUUUCGCGUCCAAAAAUAGUAUUGUAAAAGUUGAACUAUAUUAUAAGCAUAUUAAUAGACAAAAAAUAUGUUGUUACUGAGGCGCUACAAGUCGGAAAAACUAAGGCGCGGAUGUUUUAUUUUCAUAUACAUUGGAAAACAUUUAGUUAAAUGUUAAUGCAUAAAAUGAUAUUAAAUUGUUUCUUAGGUGGCCUAAGGGACAAAAAUUUCAUUUUUAACUCAUUUAUUUUAAAGCGUUAGUUAAUUUUACGUCAUAUGUCGUUUUUAUACAGAAGAACCUCGAUAAGUUAAGGUCCAAGGGAAACACAAAAUAUUUUAAGUUAUACAGGUUUUAAGUUAUCAAGAGUCUAUGUUGUAGAGGUUUUGGGCUCUGAUGGGAAGGGAACAUAUUAUUUUUUGAAGUUAUAGAGGUUUUUAAGCUACCGAGGUUUGAGUUAACGAGGUUCUACUGUAGUAUUCUCAUAUUGUAAACACCUUUUAAAGGUUUUGAUAUUGUCAGUGUCUUAAAUGUUGUAUUGUUUUAUUUUAAGUGUAAUAAAAGUAUAUUUUAAGUUGAUUUGCAGAAAAUAAGCACAAAACAUAAAUGUGUAUCCUAUAUUAAUAAACAAUUUUAUAAC